GCGCUUGCUUAUGCCUUGCACUAGGGGGCAGCACACAUUUUAAAGAGCCGUGGUGCUGAGGCCUAAAGACACGAAGAAGAACCGUCUGCUAGCAAAAAUCGUGUUGCUAAACUGGAGAUACACAAAAUAUAACUUACCAGAAUGCUUCCCUUGUCCUUGUUGAAGACGGCCCAGAACCAUCCUAUGCUGGUGGAGCUGAAGAAUGGAGAAACCUACAACGGUCAUCUGGUUAGCUGCGACAACUGGAUGAACAUCAACUUGAGAGAAGUCAUCUGCACGUCCAGGGAUGGUGAUAAGUUUUGGAGGAUGCCAGAGUGCUACAUCAGAGGAAGCACCAUCAAGUAUCUGCGAAUCCCAGAUGAGAUUAUCGACAUGGUGAAGGAGGACGUGGUUUCCAAGGGUCGUGGACGUGGAGGUGCCCAGCAGAAUAAGCAGCAGGGUAAAGGAAGAGGCGGACCUGGCAGAGGUGUGUUUGGCAGCCGCGGCAGAGGGAUGUCCGGUCCUGGUCGAGGCCAGCAGCAGCAGAUGCCCGAUAAAAAAACAAGCAAACAGCAGGGAAUGAAGAACCAGCACUGAUAUGAUGUUAUGGAUCUUCCACAUCAUGUUAUUUUUGUUUCAGUUCUUUAGGUUAAUUUAACUCUCAGCUUCUUCUUUCUGUUCUAAAGUGUGUAAGAGAACCAAUUACUGCAAAAAGUCACUGAGAUGUUCAAAAGAGGCUGUGGUUUUGCACUGUUUUCUUUUUAAGUUUUUUUUAAUGAUAAGCAUAUGUUUGUGUAAAACCCAAGAGCUGAUAGGAUAAUCUUUUUCUUUCAGUGAGAAUAUUUUUAUGUCGUGGAAAAUUCUUUUUUAGGUGCAAAAUAAAUCUGUUGGUUCAAUUUGAAGCUUGAAAUUUGUUAUAUUUUGAUCUCUUGGUUUAGGGGUAGAUUUCAUGAUAUUAAAUAUUAAAUUCUCUUCAUUUCUGUUCUAGUUGUUGAGUGAAGUGAUUUUUAAGUUUCUUUUUCUGUCUUUCACUCUUCAUUGGCCAAUCUCAGCUGAUAAACAGUCACCUGACAAUAUCCAGUUACAAAAAAGCGAUUAUAAGAUGAUUUGAUGAUUUUUUUUGACAAAAAUGGUCACUUAUUUUAUUUUUUUAGGGAUAAAUAUUGUAAUUACAUGAGAAACAAUAAAGCAGUUUUUUGUUAAAGAUCA